AUGUCUUCGAUGGCAGGAAACACACAACAGCCCACCCCCUUUUCCCCGGAAGCAUCACAAACAUCAGACCGCUCCGUCGCAAAUACACAUCAUGACCCCCAACUCUUCCAACCGCAUCAUUUCUUCUUCUACGGCAGCCUCAGCGAUCCUUCCUUCCUAGCGAAGGUGCUCAAAUGUCAGGAUAAACCGGCCCUGCGUCCAGCGACGAUAAUGGAGCAUGAUAUGAGAAUGUGGGGUGACUUUCCCGCGCUGUUGGAUGGACGUCCCGAGAAACCAAUUCACGGUGUCAGCUACAAGGUGCGUUCGCAGGCGGAGGAGAAUCGGUUGGCGGAAUAUGAGACGGAUAUGUAUCGGAAAAAGGGGUGCCUCAUUGAGUUUAGGGAUGGGUCAAAGGUCCCUGGGGUGACGUUUGUGUGGAAUGCCGAUCCGGGGUUGCUGAAAGACGAGGGGUUUGAUAUGGAAGACUGGUUGUUGGAGCAGAAAGAGAGUCGCGGUGAGGGUGAGAUCGGAACGUGA